AUGGGACAAAAGGCUGUUGCCGUCAACCGUGACCCUUUAACAGCUACAACAUUUUUCGCGUCCCUUAUGGCGGCGCUUUCCACAUGGUUUGCAGGAGGCUACAUUGCUGCUCAGGUGAAUGUCCCCCAGGAUCUAAUCAUCAACUGGAUUCGCCAAAUUGAGUGCGCUCGCAUAACGGACCAUUUUGCCACGGUCGGGGUCACUAGCAUGAAUGAUACGCAAACAAACGCUAUUCUUUGGUGCUUUGCUAAUGCUGAAAACGAGACGUCCCUGCAUCUGCGAGAAAACGGUAAACUCGGUGCCAUAUGGAGUAUGGUCGGAUGUGGGGUCAUGUUGGGCGUGUCCGUGGGAGCAUUGGUCACCAAUUAUCUAGUGGAAGGGCUAGGAUUCCGCAGGACACUUCUGUUGUGCAACCUGCUGGAAAUGGUGGGGAGUCUCACAGCUGGAUUCAGUGUUGCUGCUAGAUCACACGAGUUAUUCAUUGCAGGACGACUUAUUUUCGGUCUGGGAAACGGUUUCGGAUGCUCAGCCUGUGGCGUAUACGUAUCUGAAAUAAGUCCUGAUAAACAUCGCGGAGCUUUGAACGUCGUUGUUACAGCAUCAUUCAGUAUUGGGGUACUAAUUGCGGACAUUGUCGGAUUGCCGCAGAUACUCGGAACUUCGGCCAACUGGCAGCAUAUGUCAUGGAUACUCCUUUUACCAAGCAUCCUUUUCGUUGUAUCAUAUUAUUUCUUGCCGGAGAGUCCGCGCUGGCUCUGCAGGAAAAUGCAACAUACCGGGAAAACCGAAAGCACUCUGCAACGUCUUCGUGGACGGCAGAACGUGGAAGCCGACAUUCGCCUUAUCGAAAGUGAAUUAGAAGAAGCCCGAAAACUAACCAUCUACAAAAUAUCCAUGUUGGACCUAUUUCGUGACGGGUUUUUACGGAAAACUACGGCCAUAUGUUUACUGGCCAUUGCCGCCCAGCGGUUUACCGGCUACUUAGCGGUUUAUGUCUACUCAACGGAGAUGUUUCGACAGUGUGGAAUAACCAAAGCGCUAGCAUCCUACGGAACAAUUAUCCUCACGGCGCUAUCAGCCGUGAUUGCCCUUCUCGGUUCGCGGCUGUUGGACAUUGUUGGAAGACGGAUUAUGCUCCUCGGCGGCCUGUUUGGUUGUUCGCUGUGUACGGCGGCCAUGGUGGCGUUCGCGGCACUGACGAAAUACGAAGUAUGUUUCACCUGCCAGUAUGGCAAUUUGGUGGCCAUGAUACUUUUCAUGGUGUUCUUUGCGCUGGGACCGGCAAGUGUGCCGUUCCUGCUACCGGCUGAAAUGUUCGGCAUGACCUCGAGACAGUCGGCAUCGGCCUUAACGUACAUCGUAUGUCUAUCUAUAUCGACGAUUAUUACAGCGGUUUUCCCCAUAAUGCAAGCUCAUUUAAUGGAAUGGACGUUUACGAUCUUUACCGGAGUUACCGCAACUUUGACCAUAUUCCUGUCGAAGAUGCUAAUAGAAACAAAAGGCAAAUCGUUCCUAGAAAUACAAAAGGCCCUGGAGGAUCGAUUUUGUGUCAAAAGGAAAGGAUCGCGGGAACCGAUAUUUUUUCAGUGCACUGUUCCUGAGCGAAAUUCAUUUUCAGAGAAAUAA